AUGGCCGGUGGUGGCGAGGUGGCGAUGUGCAUGCCGGCGUUCGUGGCGCGGGUGGUGCGGGGCCGGUGGUUCGUGGUGUUCGCGUCUAUGGUGGUGAUGGCGGCUUCGGGUUCGACGUACAGCUUCGCGCUCUACUCCAAGGAGCUACGGCACACGCUGGGGUACAACCAGCAGACGCUCAACACGCUCUCCUUCUUCAAGGACCUCGGCACCAACGUUGGCAUCGUGUCCGGUCUGGUGCAGCAGGUGGCUCCGACUUGGGCCGUGCUCCUCAUCGGCGCCGGCAUGAACCUGGUGGGGUACCUCAUGAUCUACCUCGCGCUCACGGCGCGGACCGCAGCGCCGCCCGUGUGGCUCAUGUGCCUCUACAUCUGCGUCGGCGCCAACGCGCUCACCUUCUCCAACACCGGCGCGCUCGUCUCCUGCGUCAAGAACUUCCCGGAGAGCCGUGGCAUCGUCAUCGGCCUCCUCAAGGGCUUCGUUGGCCUCAGCAGCGCCAUCUACACGCAGCUGUACCUCGCCAUAUACGGCGACAACGCCAAGUCGCUCGUCCUACUCAUCGCCUGGCUCCCCGCCGCCGUCUACAUCUUCUUCGUGCAUACCAUCCGCGUCCUGCCCUAUGCUCGCCGCCGCGACGGCGAGGACACCGACCACGACCAGCCCUUCUUCUGCUUCCUCUACAUGUCCAUCGCCCUCGCCUCCUACCUCCUCGUCAUGAUCGUCGUACAGAAGCAGGUGCAGUUCUCCCACGCCGCAUACGUCGUCGGCGCGACGGCGAUGCUCAUCAUCCUCUUCCUUCCCCUCGGCGUAGUCGUCAGGACGGAGUACAAGGCCGCCUCCCGGCUCCAGAAGUCGCUGCAGCAGCCACCAGCCAUGACCGUCGAAGAACCCACAACAACGGCUGAGAAGGCCGACGAGUCGUCACCGCCCUUGUGCGGUGGCCGCGGUGGCUUGGGCUGUAUCACCAACAUGUUCAAGCCACCGGCGCUGGGGGAGGACUACUCCAUCAUGCAGGCACUGGUCAGCGUGGAGAUGCUGGUGCUAUUCAUCAUAUCCGUGUUCGGCAUCGGCGGCACGCUGACGGCGAUCGACAACAUGGCGUAGAUCGGCCAGUCGCUAGGGUACCCGGCAAAGAGCAUCAACACCUUCGUCUCGCUGAUCAGCAUCUGGAACUACGCCGGCCGCGUCGGCGCCGGCUACAUCUCGGAGAUCCUCCUCGCCCGGUACAGGUUCCCGCGGCCACUGGCGCUGACAGCCGUGCUCCUCCUCUCCUGCGUCGGCCACCUCCUCAUCGCUUUCGGCGUGCCACAGUCGCUGUACGCCGCAUCGGUGAUCGUCGGCUUCUGCUUCGGCGCGCAGUGGCCGCUGCUCUUCUCCAUCAUCUCCGAUGUGUUCGGGCUCAAGUACUACUCCACGCUCUUCAACUUCGGCUCCGCGGCCAGCCCCCUCGGCGCCUACGUGCUGAACGUGCGCGUCGCCGGGCGCAUGUACGACGCCGAGGCCGCCAAGCAGCACGGCGGCGUGGCCGUGGCCGGGGACAAGAUCUGCAAGGGGGUGCUCUGCUUCAAGCAUGCCUUCCUCAUCAUCACGGCUGUCACGUUCGCCGGCGCGCUGGUCUCGCUGGUGCUGGUCUGGAGGACGAGGGGAUUCUACAAGGGGGACAUUUACGCCAAGUUCAAGAUGGCGCCGGCGACAGUUGCGGACGGGAGCAACGGCGGGGUCAAGACGGUGAUGGGAACGGAAGCAUGUGCAGCGCUGGCGGAAGAGGAGGAGAAGAGCAAAAACAAGAAAGAGACCGUUAAUGAGGACUUACACUAACUUGAAUGUUAAACAGUGUUUGGAGACGCUGGAAAUUUGAAACGGUUUGUAUAGAACAAAACUUUGGUAGUUAUAAAAAAUCAUGUACUAAGGUUCCGUUCGAAAACGCAGUAAUUUAUCAGAAUCCUACUCGACUUUUGAACUA